AUGCCGUCUCUACUAGAUGCUCUCCGACAACGGAGCGCUGUCGACUGCGAUACACUGGACAGCGAAGUGACCAAAAGUCUAGGACCUUUCGUUGAUUGCACUUCAAACCAGGCUAUCGCAUAUUUCGAGCUUAACAAGCCUGCGGCGAAUGAUAUUGGCCUAUACCAUGAGUCGCUGAUAAGAGAAAGCAUAGACCAGUCCAUGGGCAACCUGGGUGAGAUCCGAGGCCAAGUAGCUUUGAAGGAAUUCGUCGUCGAAGUUAUGAUGGUCAAAUUGCAACUGUUGAUUGCUCCUCAUGUUACAGGGUAUCUACAUGUGCAGACAAACCCGAAGCUGUCAUACUCACAAACGGGUACUGUGAAUAAUGCCAAAAGAAUCAUUGCCAUAUUUCAAGCACUGGCACCUAAUUUCGACGCCAAACGUAUCUGCAUCAAGAUACCCGCUACAUGGGAAGGCCUAAGCGCAUGUCGUGCGUUGGAAGCAGAAGGAAUAGCCACUCUUGCGACAACUAUGUUCUGUAUGGAGCAAGCAGCACUUGCAUCCGAUGCAAAUUGCACAUAUAUUGCCCCAUAUAUCAACGAGCUAAAGGUCCAUUUUGAGACGGGGUACAUUGAUCCUCACAAGGCCUUUUCUUUCUGCCGUGAAGCACAGGCCUACUACGAUGCUAACAAUCAACGCACACGGGUCCUUGCUGCAUCUCUAACGUCUGUUGAAGAAGUCUUGCAACUUGCAGGCGUUCACCAUGUAACCAUUUCACCCAUUCUCUUGAGUGAGUUAUCUCGCCUUGACGCUACGGCCGCGAAUAAUGAUCUGGGAGACUACUUUGCUGUCACACACACCCCAGAGAAUUUGGAUCUAGCGAAAUACUCCACUAUCCUGGAAAAUGAGAGCUCUUGGAGGCUUGCUUUCACCAGAAGCGGCUUUGGAACGAGCGAGGGCAAAAUUAUCCAAGCGAUCAAUUACUUUUCGGACUUUCAAGAAAAAUUGGAAGAGCUUGCAGGGACUUACACAAUCUGA